AUGCGAAGCGUAGCGGCCGACGUCCUCCGGGCGCCGAGUUUGCUCCAACGCAUCUGCGCCUACCACAUGCACGCAUCCGCAGCGCCACAGGACCUUCCGCUGCGCUGCUGGAGCAUCCGCCUGCGCAGCGCCUACACCUACGCGUACGAUGACGACGACGUCGACCACCAUGCAGGAGACCGCCGGCGUUUUGAUGCGUGGUUUGAGACCCAUGGCACGAACGGCCUCUCGUCGCUCUGCGUGCCCCACCUCUUUGCUUAUGCGAUUGCAUGCGGCGACGCUGUCGUUCUCCAGUGGCUCGUCGACCGCGAGCUGGUGACACGUGUCCACGGGUCGUCGAGGAUCUUGGUCCGGCCAUGA